AUGUUCGUGAUGAACCUCGUGUUGAUGCUGCCGCCGACGGUGGCGACCACCAGCCUGCAGAGCUACUGCCUGCACCCGAUAAUGGUGAGCCUCCUGCUGCCGCUGAUGCUGACGUUGGCGACCGUCUGCAAGAAGAACUUCUGCACGUACCCGCUCGUGGUGAGCCUGGCGCUGCCGCUGCCGCCGACGGUGGCGACCAUCUGCCUCAAGAGCUUCUGCCUGAACUCGUUCGUGAUGAGCUUCUUGCUGCCGCCGCCGCUGGUGGCAACCAUCUGCAUCAAGAACUUCUCCCUGAACCCGCUCGCGACGCGCCUCGUGUUCACGCCGCCGCCGCUGGUCUCGACCAUCUGCGUCAAGAACCUCUGCAUGAACCUGAUCGUGAUUACCCUCGUGCUGCCGAUGCCCCUGACGGUGGCGACCAUCUGCAUGAAGAGCUUCGACCUGAACCUGCUCGUGCCGAGCCUUGUGCUGCGCCGCCGCCGGUGGCGAUCUGCUUCCUGUUGUCGCUGA